AUGUCUCUAACAAUACCAAGAAAAUUUUUUUUUAUUGCAAUUGGCUUUAUAAUUCUGAAUUAUGUGAAGUGUCUGAGUUUACAAUUUAGUGACAUAAAAGAUUUAAUAAAUGAAAAAAAUUUAAUUGAUACACUCGAUCCAUUGUUACUUAAGAAUGCCAACGGAUUAAUAUUAAAUGAUGCAUUGGAAGCCACUUUGAUACUCGAUCAAGAUGUGCAAUUUCAUCUAUUUACUAAAGAAAAUCCCGAUUUUGAGUAUCCAUUAAAAAUACAUGAUAAUAGUAAUUUAAACGAUUCACCUUUUAAUAAUAAUGUAUCAACAAAAAUAAUAAUACAUGGUUGGACGGAUAGUGUUCACAGUAAUUGGAUUAAAGAAUUGCGGAAUAAUUAUUUAUUAACUGAUAAUUACAAUAUUAUUUGUGUUAAUUGGUAUCCUGUAUCGGCGAAAGAGUACAGAAUAGCUGAAAAAUUAACUAGACAGAUUGGCGAAUAUAUCGGCGACUUUAUAGAUUAUUUAAAAAUAAAUAGUAAUAUUUCAUUAGACACGGUACAUAUAUUGGGGCACAGUUUAGGAGCUCACAUUGCUGGAUUUGCUGGUAGUAAAUUGUUUGGCGAAAUUGGUAGAAUAACUGGAAUGGAUCCUGCACGUCCAUUAUUCGAAGCUCCAAUACUUAAAGAUACCUCUGAUAGAUUGGAUUUUUCGGAUGCUAAUUUCGUAGAUAUUAUUCACACUUGCGCGGGUACUGUAGGCUUUGUGAAACCUAUUGGACACGCGGAUUUUUAUCCCAACGGUGGUACAUAUAGACAGCCUGGAUGUCCUGUAUUUAUAACACAAUAUUGCAGCCAUGGAAAAAGUCAUCAAUAUAUGGCAGAAUCAAUAAUACAUCCUGAAGAAUUUGUAGCUGUUAAAUGUGAUAGUUGGAAGGAUUAUAAGGCAAAUAAAUGUUAUGAUAAUACAACUGCAAUAAUGGGUGAAUAUAUAAGUACAGAUACACAUGGGAUAUUUUUUUUAGAGACAAAGCCAGAUUUUUCACUUAUUAAGUAUUUUAUGAUAUAA